CGUUAGGGGGCAGUAAUGGUCAUUCAGCGUCGUUUCUGUGACACGUCGUAAUGUAUCCUUAAACGUCACAGUCGUCCACAGGGCGCUUCCGGUAUCAUCUUUUAAAGCAAAUGAAGCAGGAGUACCAGGACGUGGUUCUGCGGGCGUGCGGCGCUUCCUCCCUGCAUGUCGGCGCCAGGAUCCAAAGUCUAUGGAGCGGCUACGGGGAGAUAGUACGCCUCCACCUGGACGGCUGCGACCGGGCCUCAGUGGUCGUCAAACAUGUCACGUUCCCCACACAGGUGGAGGAGAACACCCCCGAGGGUCGCUCGCACCGUAGAAAAGUCAGGUCUUACGAGGUGGAGACGCAUUGGUACCAGAACUAUUCUACCAACCACUCGUGUCGGACACCAUCUUGCCUGGCUGCUUGUUCCCAUGGAGACGAGAUGAUUAUCGUGCUGGAGGACCUGGAUGUGGCUGGAUAUGACCAGCGAAGGACCAGCGUGAAGGACAAAGAGAUGAGGGCGUGUCUCAGCUGGCUGGCCCACUUCCACGCUCUCUUCUUGGGUGUGACACCAGAGGGGCUGUGGGCGGUGGGCACCUACUGGCACCUGGAGACCCGCCCUGACGAGCUGAAGGUCAUGGAUGAUGCCCGGCUCAAGGCGGCCGCCGGCGACAUUGACAGGAUCCUCAGCCAGUGCCGCUUCCAGACCAUCGUGCAUGGAGAUGCUAAGCUGGCCAACUUCUGCUUCUCUCGCAGCGGACAGGAAGUGGCGGCGGUGGAUUUCCAGUAUGUUGGUGGAGGCUGUGGCAUGAAAGAUGUGGUGUACUUUUUAGGGAGCUGUAUGGAGGAGAGCGAGUGUGACAAGAAGGUUCCAGGUCUGCUGGAGCAUUAUUUCUCUGAGUUGAAAAGGUCUGUGAGCACAGAUGUGGACUUUGCAGCACUAGAGGAAGAGUGGCGGGAAAUGUUUGCAUUCGCCUGGACAGACUUUCAUCGUUUUCUGUUAGGAUGGAUGCCUGGCCACUGGAAGAUCAACCGGUACAGCAAACAGCUCACAAAGGAGGUUCUGCAUAAGCUGAAGCUCUAACGCCACUUUGAACAUUUUCAUUCAUUCAAUAUUACUUAAUUCAUAUAUAUAUAUAAGUAUAUAUAAGUCAAGUAUGUGCAUCACUCCGCUUCCAGAUAAAAUGGUAUUUUUCUUUAUUAAAAACAUAUCUCUGAUGUGAAUGUAUCUCUGGCGUUUCCUAGAAUGUAUGGUUCUUCUGCAAAAACGUUUUUUUUUUAAAAUAAUCUGAUUUCUACACUCUGUAAAACUCUCUAUUCAUAAGCCUAA